AUGGCUUCUCAAACUCAUACUCUGCCGCCUCUCCCCUACGCCUACGAUGCGUUGGAGCCCGUCAUCUCCAAGCAGAUAAUGGAGCUGCACCAUCAGAAGCACCACCAGACAUACAUCAACAACCUUAACGCAGCACUAUCAGCUCAAGCCUCUGCAACUGCAUCAAAUGAUGUCCCCACUUUGAUCGCAUUGCAACAAAAGCUCCGCUUCAACGGCGGCGGCCACAUCAACCACUCCCUGUUCUGGAAGAACCUGACUCCCCCGGCACACCUGGGAAUGACAUCGGCGGCGCUCCCGCUCUGCGCGAAGCCAUCGUCUCCCGCUGGGGCUCGCAUGAAGCAUUCGUCAAGGCCUUUGGCACGGAGCUGCUCGGACCCUGUCAAUGCGCCUGAUGUGCCUGUCUUUGGCGUCGAUAUGUGGGAGCAUGCCUACUACCUCCAGUACUUGAACAACAAGGCUGGCUAUGUCGAGGGCAUUUGGAAGAUCAUUCACUGGGCGGAAGCGGAGAAGCGAUACACUGCUGGAGUGGAGAACCCGCUGAAGCUCUGA